GAAGUUUGAGAAGAGAAAACAGAGCAACCAAUGUCUAAGCCAAGGUUAGAGGGUAAGGUGGCCCUCAUCACUGGUGCAGCAAGCGGAAUUGGUGAGGAGGCAGCCAGAUUAUUUGCAGAGAAUGGAGCUUUUGUUGUUGCUGUUGACAUUCAAGACGAAUUGGGUAAUGAAAUUGCUGCAUCAAUUGGUGCAGAGAGGAUUACUUAUCGCCAUUGCGAUGUAAGAGACGAGAAGCAAGUUGAGGAAACGGUGAGUUACACCUUGGAGAAAUACGGCAGCCUGGAUAUCUUGUUCAGCAAUGCCGGAGUCAUGGGCCCAUUGACAACCAUCCUAGAGCUUGACAUCGACGGUCUUGACAGCACCAUGGCGACAAACGUUCGUGGAGUGGCUGCGACAAUCAAGCACGCGGCUCGAGCCAUGGUGGGGAGAAACAUACGCGGAUCCAUCAUCUGCACUACAAGCGUGGCAUCCUCGAUCGGCGGAAGUGGCCCCCAUGCAUACACGACAUCGAAACAUGCUCUUGUCGGCCUAGUCCGGUCGGCCUGCAGCGAGCUUGGGGCUUAUGGGAUUAGAGUCAACUGCAUUUCGCCGUUUGGAAUAGCCACGCCGCUUUCGUGUAAGGCUUACAAUCUGCAGCCAGGUGAGGUGGAAGCUAAUUGUUGUGCGGCAGCCAACCUGAAGGGGAUUACGUUGAAGGCAAAGCAUGUUGCAGAGGCUGCUCUGUUUCUUGCUUCUGAUGAAUCCGCUUACAUCAGUGGGCAUAACAUGGCUGUCGAUGGAGGUUUCACGGUUGUUAAUAACAGUCCGGCGGUUGUCUAAGAUUUAAUGUUACUGGGUUUGAAUUCACGAGCUACCCAAUAUUUUAUGGUUGAUUGGCUUCUUUGUAAAAUUGAAAUGGAUUUUACUUUU